GCAGGGAAACAAAUCCUAUCCCUUCCUACGCCGGCUCACCUGGAAUAGUCACCACAUUCCUUCUCGCCGCGGACGCGCGUGAGGUGAGUGUGAGAGACGACCACCACACCCGCGACAACAACAAUGGCCCUGGAGACGUGCUUCAGAGCGUGGGCGCUGCACGCCGCCCCUGCCGCUGGUGGCAAGGACAGCAGGCUCCUCGUCGUCGGCAGCAGCAGCGGCAGCGGCAGUAACCUGGUUCUGCCGUCGAAGCGGGCCGCCGCCGCCGCGGUCGUCGCGCCGCUGUCCGUCGGCCGCGUCGCCACGCGCCGGCCGCGGCAUGUCUGCCAGUCCAAGAACGCCGUCGACGAAGUGCUGGUGGCGGACGAGAAGAAUUGGGACGGGAUGGUGAUGGCGUGCGAGACGCCGGUGCUGGUGGAGUUCUGGGCGCCGUGGUGCGGGCCGUGCAGGAUGAUCGCGCCGGUGAUCGACGAGCUGGCCAAGGACUACGCCGGCAAGAUCACGUGCUGCAAGGUGAACACGGACGAGAGCCCCAACGUGGCGUCCACCUACGGCAUCCGCAGCAUCCCCACCGUGCUCAUCUUCAAGGCCGGCGAGAAGAAGGAGAGCGUCAUCGGCGCCGUCCCAAAGUCCACGCUCACCACACUCAUCGACAAGUACAUCGGCACCUCAUGAGCAUAUAAUAGCUCACUGUUGUAUCGUAAUAUUGGGAUCGAUCGAUGCGUGCAUGAACAACUUAAUUAAAUACAUAAGUGUCCAUAUGCUCGCGCAUAUACACCACCCAUGUAUCUCCUCUAGUCUUGCAUACGGAUGUCAUGAUCGACGCGUUAAUUAAUUCAGGCAGGGCAGCCAUCUGCUACUGCUCAGUUAUUAUAUGUAUGUAUACUUCUCUAUAUGUCAAAUCCAAAGUACAUUAAUUAGUUUAUUAA